GUCACCAGAUAUAAGAUGAAUACACACAUUGUCUCCCACCCUCCAUUUUAGUACAGCAAUCCCUAAAGCCCCACCAAGGAAAAGCCAAACAACCACAGGAGAGGCUAGCUCCAUAGUACAUUUAUCUUCUUCAUCCACAGCAAUCUCCAAGACUAAACUGUUUCCUCUAUCCAAACACUGUGUCUAGAGAGAGAGAGAGAGAGAGAGAGAGAGAGAGAGUGAUGGGGAGAGGGAGAGUGGAGCUGAAGAGGAUAGAGAACAAGAUCAACAGGCAAGUGACCUUCUCCAAGAGGAGGAACGGGCUCUUGAAGAAGGCCUAUGAGCUCUCUGUGCUGUGUGAUGUUGAGGUCGCACUCAUCAUCUUCUCCAGCCGUGGCAAGCUCUAUGAGUUUGGCAGCUCUGGACCUUCUGGCAUAUAUAAGACGCUCGAGCGAUACCAACGUAACAGCUUCACUACUCAAGACAACAGUGUUGAACGUGAAACACAAAACUGGUUUCAAGAGGUAUCGAAAUUGAAGGCAAAAUAUGAAUCUCUUCAACAAACUCAGAGGCAUUUGCUUGGAGAAGACCUCGGACCGCUGAAUGUCAAAGAGUUGCAAAAUCUUGAGAAGCAGCUUGAACAAGCUCUUGCACAAGCUAGGCGAAGGAAGACACAACUUAUGUUGGAACAAAUGGAUGACCUCCGCAGAAAGGAGCGGGAGCUCGGAGAUCUUAACAAGAAACUCAAGUUCCAGCUGGAGGCAGAAGGCCUAAAUCUCAAGGCCAUUCAAGGGCUUUGGACCUCCAAUCCUGAUGCAGCAGGAACUAGCAGCUUCCAUGUCCACCAUUCUCAACCCAACUCCUUGGAGUGCGAACCCGAGCCGGUCUUGCAAAUCGGGUACCAGUAUGUUCAAGCAGAAGGUACAAGGAGCAUUGCUGGUGAAACCAACUUCAUUCAAGGAUGGGUCCUCUAAACAACAUAUGGAACAGAAAAAAAAAGUCAGCAUCUUCUAUGAAUAUAUGACUGUCUAUUAGAUUUCUUGUCCUAGACAUACUUUUUAAGCAUUGUGUUGUUUCCAAUUGAGUUGGCCAGACCAUCAAA